UAAAUGGAAAAUUCUAAUAUUUAUUAAUCCGCGGCACUGUUUGAAUCGUUGGACGAUGGAGUCAACGAUGACGAGUGUUAAAAAUAUCACUUGCAUAGACAAAAAAUAAUGUGUUCAUUCGCAAGUCGCAGUGGAUUACGAGUUCAACCAAGUCAUCAUAAUCAUAUACUGUCGCGUACCAUGAACAGAAGCAGCUCGACAGCACUCAAAGAACAUUUCGAAGACUCGCGUCCGGGGUUCAGCUCGUACUUGGACUGCUUGACGAGAUCUUACGGCACCGGGUUAGGCGCGCUGGCGUUCACGUUCGCCUUGGUGCACGUGACGCAGCAGAUCGUCAUCAAGCGGUUUCCGGCGGUACGCAGGACCCACUUGGCCGUUUCCACGGCAGCGGGCGCAGCGGCUUCUUACAUAGCGGCCAAGGACAAGGUGCGCAAAUGCCGGGACUCAUGGGCCGCUUGGCACGAACAGUGAUGGCUGGGCGUCGCGGCCGUUUCGUCAGGUGGUACGGUGGCGGUGGUGACGACGACGGUGGCGGCGGCAGUGCAGAGGACGCUCAGGCCAGAGAACUGAUCGACAGACAGCUGAAACUGGCGCCGGCCGGCGGCCACCAGGUGCUAAUCGUCCAGCCGUACAUCAAAUGGGGGGCCAACAAGGACAGGAGCACGAGGCCGGAAGUCAAAGCGGAUGAGAGCCGGUCGCUGGUGCGUACCUUGGCCGAAUGGUCGGUGACAGACACUUUGUUAGUAGGCCUCACAUCAUACAGGAAGCAUACGUUUUUCGGUCCUGGCAAUGUGGACGCGAUUGCUCUCCGGGUUGCCCGCGACCGCCGCAUCACAGCCGUGUUCGUCAGCGUCAACGUACUGAAGCCGAUCCAACACCAGCAUUUGGAACACCGUUUCGGUGUGCCCGUCUACGACCGGUACCUGAUGGUGGUGCAGAUAUUCCGCAGACACGCCGUCACUAGGGAGGCAAAGUUGCAGGUGGCCCUGGCUGAGCUGCCAUACAUCUGGUCACGGAUACGCGGUGCGCAGGAUGGGUACGCCGAGCGGUUGGGCACUGAGGCGGGCCAGAUAGCUCUAAGCGGCAAGCUCAUGUACGACGAUAAGAAGGACUUGCUCAAAGCAUACGAGAAGAAACUCAAGAAGUUAGUGGAGAAGCUGAGGAGCCACCGGCAACACCUGCGUCACAAUAGGACUAACAAGGACUUACCCGUUGUUGCUGUGGUUGGAUACACCAAUGCUGGCAAGACAUCGCUGGUCAGGGCGUUGACUGGUGAUGUGGGCCUAGUACCUAAGGACUGCCUGUUUGCCACGCUCGAUGUGACCGUGCACGGGGGUGUGUUGCCAUCCAACAUGACCGUACUCUAUGUAGACACCAUAGGUUUCAUAUCAGAUAUACCGACUAGACUCAUUGAACCGUUUGUCGCUACGCUGGAGGAUGCCAUGUUCGCUGACGUUAUCGUCCACAUACGGGACAUGUCUCAUCCCAAUGUCAUUGUACAAAAAUCCCACGUCGAGGAAACGCUAAAAAACUUAAGUAUCAACCCAGAAUUAUUGAACAGUGUAAUCGAUGUUGGGAACAAAGUUGAUCGUCUAGAUAACGUAGAGCGUGAUGGAAGUUCGGUAUUUAUAUCUUGUACCACUGGGGAGGGUUUGGACGAGCUCAAGAAGAAAAUAGAAAGUCAAAUAAUGAAAGCUACUGGUAGACGAACAAUUAAAAUUCGGGUCCGCACUGGCCAAGAUGAAUAUGAAUGGUUAAGAACACACACAGCUAUUGUCAAUAUUAACACGGACGGUGAUUAUUCUGUAAUGGAGGUUAUUGUUACCCAAUCUGAUCUAGAUGUGUUUAAAAGUUUAUUUAUACGAAAGAAAAUAAACAAUUAGUCUUAAUGUAGAAAAUGUUUUAAAUAAAUGUAAACAAAAUGUUAAUAAAUAAUUGACUAGUUUUUAUUGUAUUGAAACAAAACAAUAAACAUUUACAAAAG